AUGUACAUAGCGCUUAUACAUUCAAAUUCAGCUCUUUCAAAAGUACAAAAAUUCUUUUAUUUAAAAUCGUCAUUAAACGGUAUAGCAGCUAAUGUGGUGAAAUCAGUCGAAUUAACUGAGGUCAAUUACGACUAUGCGUGGUCAGCCUUAAUAAAUAGAUAUAACAAUAAAAAAAUGCUCGUUCAAGCCCAUACGAAGGCGCUGUAUGACAUUCAACCAAUAACGAAAGAAUCUUCGUCUAAAUUAAGAUGUUUAAUAGAUAAAAUUAUUAAUAACAUGAAUGCUUUAGAGACCCUCGGGCAAGACCCUAAAGCUUGGGGUUCUUUACUCGUGCAUUUGAUAACGUCUAAGUUAGAUCAAAAAACUUUAAAGGAGUGGGAAACUGAGGCGCCGAAAACAGUGGUACCCUCCGUAUCAACAUUAAUGGAUUUCUUGGAAACUAGAUUUAAAAUACUUGAGGCUGUAGAAAGUUCGUGCAGUUCAAAUGACAAGUCUGAGAAAAGAUCCUACGAAAAUUAUGGAAAAGGAAAGGCGCAAGAAAAAAAAUGGCAAAAUAAAACAGUUAUGCACGUAGCGACAACGAAAUUUAAAUGUUACGUGUGUAAUGAAGGUCAUCCGAUAUACAGAUGUACUAAAUUUUUGUCGUUAUCGGCGAACGAACGAAAAGAGCAAACAAUCAAAUUAAAUUUAUGUGAAAACUGUUUAACACGGCAUACGAGUCCGUGUAAAGCGAAAGGUUGCCGUAUAUGCAAUGAUAAACACAAUACAUUACUACACCAAGAUAAGGAAACAGUUCAUAAUUCUGCUACUGCAUUGCACUCGUCAGGUCGUUACGAAAAUCAAGUAUUAUUAUCUACAGCUAUUGUAAAGAUAAAAGAUAGAGCAAACAAAACAUGGUACGUGCGAGCGUUAUUAGACUCAGGGUCGCAAAGUAAUUUUAUUACAACUGAUUUAGCGAACGGUUUGGGUCUAUCUAAGCGCAAAGUCAAGGUAACCAUAGAGGGUGUAAAUAAAUCAAUCACACAGUCUCAAUAUUCAAUAGUAGCCACUAUAGAGGCUAACUGCACCAGUUACAAUAAAACAAUUGAGUUAUUAACUUUGCCAAAAAUAACCACUUUACUUCCAAGUGAAAACAUUAAUGUGAUCCAGGAAGAAUUGCCAGACAAUAUUAAACUUGCUGAUCCAUCAUAUGCUGUGCCUGGCAAAAUAGAUAUUUUAAUUGGAGCUGCAUGUUUCUAUGAAAUAUUGUUACCCGGUAAAUACACCACUAAUAAUAGCAGUAUUAUUUAUCAAGAAACUGAACUUGGGUGGAUAGUAGCGGGAUCAUUAUGCAAAUUAUCUACACCAAUUACAAAUUCAUUUUUUGCUCAGUCGUUAUCAAUCGAGGAUAAAAUAGACAAGCAAUUAACCAAAUUUUGGGAAAUCGAAGAAAUAGGUGAUAAAAGAUCGUUAAGCGAAGAAGAAAAAUUAUGUGUUGAUCAUUUUAAUCGGACACUAGGUUGCUCCCGAGGAACGGCUUUUCGUCGUUUUUUGUCGACUGAAAAACGUCUAACUAACAAUGCAGACUUAAAAAAGAGGUACGUGGAAUUUAUGAAUGAAUAUGAGCAGUUAAAUCAUAUGUCCAUAAUUAGUUCUGAUCAGGAUAAAAUUGAAGAAAAGAAUUCCUAUUUUAUGCCUCACCAUGCUAUAUUGCGAGACGAUAAAUGCACAACAAAAACACGUAUCGUGUUUGAUGCAUCCUGCAUAACCACUAAUGGUAAAAGCUUAAAUGAUAUUUUGUUAAAAGGACCGGUGAUACAGGACGAUUUGAUGUGCAUUUUGGCGCGGUUUCGAACUUAUAAGUACGCGUUUUCGUCGGACAUUACAAAAAUGUAUCGACAAAUAAUCGUAGCCGAACAGGAUCGUAAAUGGCAAAAAAUACUAUGGCGAUCUAAACCAUCUGAAAAAAUAGAGGAGUAUCAUCUCAACACAUUAACGUAUGGUACAUCACAUGCGUCUUACGUUGCAACAGCUUGUUUAGAAAAAUUGGCCAACGAAAAUGAAAAUAAAUACCCAUUAGCAAGCCUAGCAAUUAAAGAAGACUUUUACAUGGACGACUACCUUGGUGGCGGUAAUUCAAUAGCUGAAGCUCUUAUGUUGCGAAAUGAUAUAAUAAAAAUAAUGAAUAGCGCUGGUUUUCAACUAAGAAAAUGGAUGUCAAAUGAGCCGCUAUUGCUAUCAAAUAUUCCUAACGCCGAUAAUGACCCACUUAUAGUUCUAAAUCUAGACGGCAGUACUACAAAAACAUUGGGCCUAUGCUGGAACCCGGUAAAUGAUGUUUAUCUAUAUAAAGUAAACAUUGAACGCAACGAUAAUGAAGAGGCUAGUACAAAAAGAAACGUGUUGUCAACUAUAGCCACUAUCUUUGAUCCACUCGGUUUAAUAGGACCAGUUAUUAUUGCUGCUAAAAUAAUAAUGCAAGAAUUAUGGAAACUCAAUGUUAAGUGGGACGAAGUGUUGCCAUCAGCGAUAAAGGCGGAGUGGGAAUUGUACAGAGCCAGUUUAUCAAGUAUUGAACACAUGACAAUACCUAGACUUGUAGUUGAUUGUGAUAAUGUCGAGGCGAUUCAAAUUCAUGGUUUUUCAGACGCUUCAGUUCGUGCUUACGGUGCGUGUUUGUAUUUACGUGUUUAUGACCGCUCCGGUUCGUGUGCGACGCGUUUAGUGACGGCUAAAUCGCGCGUGGCUCCGCUAAAAGUUUUGUCUUUAGCACGUUUAGAAUUAUGCGCCGCCGUUUUAUUAGUUCGUCUAUUCAAAAAAAUUGUUCCUCGUUUACGAUUAAGUAUAAAUAAAAAAUAUUUUUGGACGGACUCGACCAUAGUUUUAUCAUGGAUAAAUGCACCGUCUUCCAGAUGGAAAACUUUCGUUGCUAACCGCGUAGGGGAAAUACACGAAGCUACUUCUAAAUCUGAAUGGUAUCACGUGAAAUCAGAAGACAAUCCAGCAGAUAUAAUAUCUCGUGGUUGCAAUCCAGAGGAUUUGAGAAAAAAUCAAUUGUGGUGGAACGGCCCACCCUGGAUAAACUUAGAAGAAAAUCAAUGGCCGCUCGCUGAAGUUCCUAAACAGGACGAAACUGUAAGUACAGUGCGACCAGGCUACCAUUUAGCAAGUGGUUGCUUCUAA